GAAAUGUCAGAGCUUAAUGGCGGCUCGUGCGAAAAUUCUCGGUUCGACGGAGAUUCAUGUGAAGCGGGACAGUACAAUCGCAUUAGCUUGUUCGGUGAACAUUCAUGCUUCUUCAGUUUCUUGGUAUCAUGGCUCAUCGGUUGUGGAUUUUGAUUCUCAGCGUGGGGGAAUUAGUUUAGAAACAGAGAAAACGGAUGUGGGUACAACUAGUCGUUUAAUGUUGACACGUGCAUCGUUGCGUGAUUCUGGCAACUAUACCUGUGCACCAACUGGUGCGGUACCAGCGUCAGUUAGAGUACAUGUACUCACUGGUGAACAACCUGCGGCUAUGCAAACUAGCACCGGCAGCGCCUUUUUGGAAAGUCCUACUUAUUUAACAGUUGUCGCAUUCACAAUCACAUCAUGGUACCAAUACGCAAUCAUAUCACAUACGACUUUCAGCUACGCCAACAGCAAAGUGUUUCGACGAAGGUGAUUGCAUACUCCAUAAAAACUACUUUCAAUUAGCUGAAAGCAACAUAAACUAACAGCCAACGAAGGCAAAGAACAUUAAUGUAGAGGUGAGGACGAUUCUUUACAAUAAUUAGAUAUAAGAUACACUUAGUUUGUUGUUGACUAUUAGUGUAUAAUGAUAUAAUCGACCAUUUUAUAUAUUCAGAAGUACUGAUU